UCCAAAAUUAGACAAGGUUGAGAGAGAGACUCAUCGGAGAGAUAACCUCCGCCGAAGACAAGAGGAAGUUUGGGGGCGAGACGGGGAGAGGUGGAGAGCUGGCAGAUGGCUUCCAACGAGGAGAUGCCAGUCGGUUCAGUGCAGAACAUUUUGGAUCAAAAUAGUCUCAAAUGGGUAUUCGUCGGAGGUAAAGGUGGUGUCGGAAAAACCACUUGUAGCUCAAUUCUCUCGAUCCUUCUCUCUAGGGUUCGCUCAUCCGUUCUCAUUAUCUCCACCGAUCCCGCUCACAAUCUAAGUGAUGCUUUUCAGCAGAAGUUCACCAAAGCUCCUACUCUCGUUAAUGGCUUCACCAAUUUGUACGCCAUGGAGGUGGAUCCGACGGUAGAGAGUGAAGAGACAAAUGGUCAAGAUGGAAUGGAUGGCUUCAUAUCCGAUUUAGCAAAUGCCAUCCCUGGAAUUGAUGAAGCAAUGAGCUUUGCAGAGAUGCUCAAAUUAGUGCAGACAAUGGAUUAUUCUGUCAUUGUAUUCGAUACAGCUCCUACUGGUCAUACUCUGCGGUUGCUGCAAUUUCCAUCAACAUUAGAGAAGGGGCUUGCUAAAAUGAUGUCACUAAAGAAUAAAUUUGGUGGUUUGCUAAGUCAGAUGACUCGUAUGUUUGGGGUGGAUGAUGAAUUUGGCGAGGACGCGCUCUUGGGGAGACUUGAGGGAAUGAAAUAUAUUAUCGAGCAAGUCAAUAAGCAGUUUAAGGAUCCGGAGUUAACAACAUUUGUGUGUGUAUGCAUUCCUGAAUUUCUCUCUCUAUAUGAAACUGAGAGGCUUGUGCAGGAGCUGACUAAGUUCGAGAUAGAUACUCACAACAUCAUUAUUAAUCAAGUGCUUUAUGAUGAAGAAGGUACUGAAUCUAGACUGCUGAAAGCUAGAAUGAGGAUGCAGCAAAAGUACCUUGAUCAAUUUUACAUGUUAUAUGAUGAUUUUCAUAUCACUAAGCUACCAUUGCUGCCGGAAGAGGUAUGUGGAGUGGAAGCGCUGAAAUCAUUUUCUCGCUUUUUUCUGACACCAUAUCAACCUCCAAAGGGUACAGUUGAAGAGGUGGAGAAGAAGGUAUCAUUCUUAAGGGAACAGUUGAAAGAUUCUGAAACAGAACUAGAAAGACUCAGAAAAGGAAAACAAAAGCUCUAAAUUCAAUCAAGAAGAUGAUACAACAAAGUUAAGCCCAUUCUAGCCUUCAGUUCCUCUUCAAGAUGACACAGCAAAGUUAAAUCCCAUUUGAGCCUUCAGUUUCUGUUUCAUCUUCUUCAUUUCAAUUUUUGGUAUAGAUGGAUUGUUAUGUGGAGCAUUUUUACAGUGUUGUUGUUUAGAGAACUUUUCUUCUUUUUUUCAUUGCCACCUUUUUGUUUUAUAGACUUUUUGUAUUGAAUUUAUACAUCAACUACCUAAUAAAAGAUGAAAUUAAGCUCU